AUGUCAGAAAGUCAGCGUUUAGGAUUAUCGGAGGAAGAAGUAGAAGCGGCUGAAGUACUAGGAGUACUGAAACAAUCAUGCAGGCAGAAACCACAGCGACCAGAGGACGUCUCGCGAGGUGACGAGGGGAGAUCGGCGAGUGAAUCGUCGACGACGCCUCUGAAUAUACUGGAUCGCGUCAGCAACAAAAUUAUUAACAACGUCGUGACGUUCUACGACGAAAUAAACACCACCAAGAGACCGCUGAAGUCGAUCGGGAGACUGCUGGACGACGACGACGACGAGCACGACGAUUACGACUAUAACGACCGGGAGUUUUUCACCAACAAGAGACAGAAGCUGUCGCAGGCGUUUGCCAAGGGGAAGGACAACCUGAAGGAGUACAAGCUGAACAUGUCCAUCGAGUCCAAGAAGAGACUCAUUACGUGCCUGCACCUUUUGAAACUAGCCAACAAGCAGCUGUCCGACAAAGUUUCGUGCUUGCAGGAUCUCGUAGAAAAGGAGCAGGCGCACCCUAUGCAUAACGAAGACGGCAGCCUCGUGGCGACUGCUGGAGCGGGGGAAGACGAGACGUCGUCCGAUGACGACGAUGACGAGGAGUUCUUCGACGCAUCUGAGCAGGUCCACGCCAACGAGCAGUCUAUCGUGGUGAAGAUGGAAGUGGUCGGCACCGUCAAGAAGGUUUACUCGCUGAUAUCGAAGUUUACGGCCAACUCGCUGCCCGAGCCCGCAAGGUCCCAGGUACGAGAAAGUUUACUGAACCUGCCCACGAACUGGUUCGAUAGCGUCCAUAGCACGUCACUGCCGCACGACACUUCGUACCACUACGCUCACAGGCAGGAACAAGAAGUGGGGCGGCAGCAGCGGCAAGAGCAGGAAAGGGACAGCAAUGACGACGAUGAAGCGCAGGACGAUGCGUCGUCCUCGUCCUCUUCCGUCACCCCGAAUGGGAAAGUACUAAUCCUCGCGAAGGAGUCGCUGGAAAUGGUCAGAAGUGUGAUGGGCGUGGUCGACUCCACGCUGGGCAAGGCUGAAGAGUGGGUGAAGCAGAAACGAGAGGUGAAGGAAAUGAUCCGAGAACGCUUCCUGCGCCAGCAGCAGCAGUACAGACAACGCCAACAGAACGAUAACAACCGCAUAAAACCCUUCCAAGAUACCUCAAAAAGUGGCGAGUAG